AUGAUCGCAAACGUUGGUCCAGCAUCCUACAACUAUGAGGAAACAAUAAACACCCUGAGGUAUGCGAGUCGGGCCAAGAACAUUAAGAACACACCGAAAAUUAAUGAGGAUCCCAAGGAUGCCCUGCUGCGAGAGUAUCAGGGUGAAAUUGAAAGGCUGAAAGAAUUGCUUCGUUCGAAGCCACAGGCGGUUCAACCAGAACCAACAGAUGAAGAAAUACCGGAAGAGAACGCAGACGGCGACAGUGCAGCAAGAGAAACCUACCUCCGAGAGCAACGGGAAAAACUUUCUGCCGAAAAGGAACGAAUAUUAAGCAACACAACCAUGGUUGCAGAAGAGAAAACCCGACUGCUGGAAGAUUUAAAGGCAAAAGAAGCAGUUAUCAAGGACGAACAAGCCCAGACCAAGAAGUUGGAGGAGAAGUUGCGUAGUCUGGAGUCGAAGUUGUUGUGCGGCGAUCGGUCCAUCGUUGAACAUACCAAGGAGCAGGAGGCCGCUCUCGAGGCCCACCGGAAGAAGUUGGCUACCCAACAAAAGCACGAACGUGCGAUCAGAGCCAAAAUGGAGGCUGAGAGUGAUAAUCUGGCAAACCUGCAGGAGACAUUUACUUCUCUGCGCCAAGAAGUGGAUGUGUACACGGCAAAAUUGAAAAAGACGUUUGAAAAACUACAGGUCUUGAAACAAGAGAUGGCAGAUGUGCAGGAGGACAGUAUACACCAGCGUCAGGAGCAUGAAAGAAUUGUGGACCAGAUUACGCAAGAACUGAAACUGCGUUACCUCAUCUUGGAGAAUUUCGUUCCACCAGAUGUGCGUCGGAGUUUGGAGAAGCGUGCAACUUUUGACGAGGAAGAAGAAUGCUGGCGACUGUUGCCCGCACUAUCAACCUCGGAGAAUGCGGCCGCUGAUGGCAGUGACACACCGUCAAGUCGGUAG